AUGGCUUUCAGACUUUUGAAAAUAUAUCUAAUUAUAACUCUUAUUGUGGCAUAUGUUGCAGCACAAAGUACUGUAGGCAAUGAUGGUAAUGUCAGCAACGGCUCAGAUGGCGGUGUUGUUAGUACAGGCGUAAGUGGAGUUAGUCCUGGAAAUAGUGGCAGCGGUAGCUCUGAUGGAAGUUCUGGUAAUGUUGGUGAUAUUAGUGGAAGCGGUGCAGGUGAUGGAGGGGAAAUAAUUCCGAUUUCCGCAACAGUUAGAACUACUAGACGAACAACAAAAAGAACCACGCGUAAACCUUCAAGAAGAACAACUCGAAGAUCUGGUAGGAAACCGAAUAGAAGAAAACCAAAUCGUAGGCCAAGAAGACCAAAUGGAGGCAAAUAA